AUCUUUAUCAUUCAAAACCUAAAACCCUCGUGGCACAGAAUCUAGCUGAUCCUAAAACCCUAGCAAACCCUCUCUUCUUUUCAGCUCGAUUUCCAUGGCCUUCUCUUCGAUUCUUCGCAAAUCAGCCAACUCGUUGGCUCCACUCGCGAUUCGGCUCACGCGUGUCCAGCGAAUCUACAACUCUUGCAUCUUCACAGCCUUGAACUAUAGCUUCCAGUCCCAGCAGCCGACUGUAAACCGUUUCUACCAAAAUACCGUUCAUUUCUCAACCGCUGUUGAUUCUAGAAAAACCACUUCUGAUGAGUUUCUUAUCCGAGUUCUUGAGUCUGAGAUUCAGUGUGCUGAGGAGAGUGACGACUAUGAUCGGGUUGAAGAAGCUCCAAGUGGAUUUCCAUUCGAAAUCGAAGAUACUCCUGGGCUUCAAACUGUAACAUUGACAAGGGAAUAUGAUGGUGAACUCAUAAAAGUUAAUGUUCACAUGCCUGAUCUCGUUACCAGCGAUGAACAGGAGGGGGAUGAAGAUGAUGGGGAUGACACUGAGAAGCCUAAUAAAUCAAGUAUGCUAUUGGUUGUUACUGUGUCAAAGAAAGCUGGUCCUAGGUUGGAGUUUAGUUGUACUGCUUUCCCUGAUGAGAUUGCCAUUGAUAGUUUGGCUGUUAGAAAUCCUGAUUCUGAGGACGAACUUUCCUAUGAAGGCCCUGAUUUCUAUGAUUUGGAUGAGAACUUGCAGAAGGCUUUCCACAAGUAUUUGGAGAUAAGAGGAAUCAAGCCUAGCACUACCAAUUACUUGCAUGAGUACAUGAUCAACAAGGAUAGCCAGGAGUACCUUAGAUGGUUGAAGAACCUUAAAAAGUUCGUUGAAGAAUGAAGGAUUUAUAGCUUCUUACAAAAGUUUAUGAAAAAGAGUAUGCGCCAAUGUUAUUCUCCUUCGGUUAGGAGCUAGCACUGUUGCCAGUUAUUGUAUGAAUGGAAUAACAUAUGCACAUUUUUAUGUAGGUGAAAAGGUUUUUGAAAUUAUUGAAGUUGUUAAAAUGGCACAUGCAUGCAAUUUAAGCUCAGAUCACUUGUUGCUUU